UCGGGGGACAUUACACCUCUCAAGAUUGGAGAAUGUGACUGAAGUUGAAGAUGCAAGAAGGGCUGACUUAAUUAGCAAGGAAGGGAUUGAUUUCUUGCUACUACAAUGGUCGGAAGGGAGUGGCACAAGAGAAAUGGAGGCAGACGUUCUUGACUUGCUACAAGCUCAUAGAAAUCUCAAGGAACUCACCAUCAGGGGAUAUGGUGGUGUGAAGAUUUCUACUUGGGUGGGAAAUCCUUCAUUCACUAAUAUGGUUGUUGUACGCUUACAAGAUUGCUGUAACUGCAAAUUCUUGCCACCACUUGGACAAUUGCCUUCUCUGAAAGAGAUUUCUAUAAAAGGAAUGUCUGAAGUGGAAAAUGUGGGUUCCGAGUUUUAUGGAGAGGGCAGCUUUCCUUUUCCGGUACUAGAGACCCUUUCGUUUCAGAAUAUGCAACGAUGGAAGGAGUGGUUUCCUUGUGAACGACUUCAGGGAAUUAGAGAGUUUCCUUGCCUGAAAAUGCUUUCCAUUGAUGCAUGCCCCAAAUUGGAGGGUACGUUACCUGAGAACAUUUCUUCAUUGGAAAAUCUUGUGAUUCGUGAAUGCGAUCAGUUGGUGGUUUCAGUUGCCAACUACAGAGAACUUUGUGCGUUGUGCGUCCACAGUUGUAAAGGCUUGGUGUAUCAGAGUGCGGUUGAGUUUCAGUUGCUAGAUUUGGAAAUAACUGGUUGUGCAGAGCUGACACCGUCGUUGCAGAGUGAGGAUUCAUUACUGCAAUACUUUACUUCUCUUCACCGUUUGACAAUUGAAGGUAAUUCUCACCUAGUUCAAUUGCAUCACCUGACAUCACUUCAAGAGCUUCACAUUGACAAAUGGCCAAGCCUAGUUUCUUUUCCAGAAGUUGACUUGCCGGCUUCUCUUAAGGAAAUAAAGAUUCGAGGUUGUGAUUCUCUCACGCAUUUUGCAAGAUAUCGUCUACCCCCAAGUUUAAGAAGAAUAGAGAUAAACAGAUGCCAAAAUUUGAAAUCAUUAGUGGAGGACAGAGAUGGUUCUGCAUCAUCAUCUUCUUCUCCUUGUUUGACACAAGAUGAGGAAUCUUGUCUUGAAUACUUGAGCAUAUGGAGUUGUCCAUCUCUGGCGUCUUUGUCAUCUCGAAUCCAGCUGCCCAAGGCGCUUAAGCACCUUCAGAUACACACUUGUAAACAACUGGAGUUCAUAACUGAUACGUUCGACCACAACACUCAUCUUGAAUACAUUCAUAUCUGGUAUUGCCCAAAUCUCAAAUCUUUACCAGAAGGCCUUUGCCACCUUCCCAAUCUUCAGAAGUUGAGUAUUUAUGGUUGUAGAAGUCUUGCUUCGUUCCAGCGGGGAGGAUUUGAGAGAAUAGCUUCCAAUUUGAGAGAGAUUGACAUCACUAAUUGUGAUAAACUGGAGGCCUUACCCAAAGGCAUGCACAACCUCAACUCUCUUGAGAUAUUAAGAAUCCCUUAUUGUGAUGGUUUCAUGUCCUUUAUAGGAGAGGGCUUUCCCCCUAACCUAAUAUCACUUAAAAUUCUGAACCUCAAGAGUUGUAAGCCACUCUUCCAAUGUGGUUUGCACAGACUAACCUCUCUCAGAGAGUUGUGGAUCAGCGGUGAAGAUCCAGAUCUAGUCUUCUUUCCACCUACGGAGAUGGUGCUCCCCAAAUCUCUCAUUAGACUCACUGUUGAAGACUUCCCAAAUCUCCGGUACCUGUCCAGCAAGGGCUUUCAGUUCCUCACAUCUCUUAAAUCUCUUUACAUCUGGACUUGUCCCAAGCUAGAAUCCAUUCCAUAUGAGGGCCAGCUUGUUCCACUGACACAACUUAGUAUCCGUCGUUGUCCUCUGCUAGAAGCGAGAUGCAAACCAGGUAAAGGUCGAUACUGGCGCUCCAUAGCUCACGUCCCUUACAUAUGGUUGGGAGACAGGAGGAUCCUAGCUCCCUGAUAAAAAGUGAUACAAGAGGAAACAUUCAAGCCUACUAUUCUCAUAGUCCCUUCCAGGCAUAUUUGCUUUCAGAGGCUCGGUAUAUUCAGACGUUGUUAUCACUGGAGAAAUUCAAUGUCCGUCAGGUUUUAAGAUCCCCUACAUAAAACGUUUGAGGCUUCCUGAGAAUGUAUUGUCAAGAAACCCAUAUUUCUAUCAAUGAGAAGAAGAGAUGGGGGUUCUGCAUCCAUAAGUGCAUAUUGCCAUAUUCAAGUGGCUGCGAAACAUUCUCUCUUCUUGAUUUCUGCACUUAAAGGAGCUUUCUAACAUGUAUAAUGAAGCGGAAAGGAUGAAAGCAAAGUUGUCUUUGUUACAAUGGCAACGAUUUCUACAGGCGAAAUUGCUCCCGAAUAUGAAGUUUCUGCUGAACAAUGUAGCUCCAGAAGAUGCUAUUGGUGUGCUCUUGACUCUCUACGAUCUACAACAAUUUGUAGAUACAGAAUAUUAUUUAUUCACAAGGCUACUUGGUAUAUUUUGCUUUUGAGCUACUGCUCCUGCGUACUGAAGGUACUGCGGUACCUAAUUUUCGUGUGUUUCAAGGUCCUGAUUAAGGCCUAUUCGAUGGUCAUUUAAAAUCAUAAUUGGACUAUCUGUGUGUGCAUAUGUAUAUCUUUCAUAUUUCUUAAUUUCUUUUGUAUCAUCGCUGAACGCUCGUAUUGAUGCGAAGCUGCUAAUGAAACGCAGAGUUUGAAGAC